UAGGUUAAAUUAAUGCAGUCAAGUAUUCAAGUACUGGUUCCAGUAUUACCACUAAUAUACAACAUGAAAAAAAGAGUAACCUUUUUACUUGUGCCUUUAUGGGGUUUUUCCUGAAAGGUAAAGUUCUAGACUCAAAGUGCACAGGACACACCGCAAAAAAGUCUCCUGUUCAUCAGGCCUUCCUGCUAAUAAUGUGGUUACGGUUUGUCAGCUUCACACCCUGAAAUCACACAUUUUGUUGCUUGCAAAAUGCAUAAAACAGGAAAUAGCAACAGCAACACACACAGUCAAGUAGGCAGUGUUCGUUCAGACAGCCACUGAGUGUUGUGUAGUUUUAGACAAUUUCAUACUGGUACAACUGCGUUCAGGAUUACUGCAAAAAGAAGAAUGGAGAUGAGUGAGAAUAUUUAUGCAAAUGCAGAAGUUGCUGAAGAAAACAGAGCUGAUUCCAGUGACUCUGACAACUCCUAUGAAGAUGUUUAUGUGAAUGAGGACAAUUUAGCGACUCGGAAGGCCAGAAGGCUCAAGCAAUCUAAGAGCUCAGGAAACAGCCAUGCAGGGAAUAAAUGUUACAGAUUGACUGCAGUGUGUCUGCUGCUGCUGUGUGUUCUCCUGCUGACUGCCAUCACAGUGCUGUGGAUCAAAUUCAACAAUGUGAAUACAGAAAACAACCAAUUACAGACCAGUUACAGCAACCUGACUAUAGAGAGAGACCAGUUAAAAUUAGAGAGAGACCAGUUAAAAUUAGAGAGAGACCAGUUAGAAACGAGUUACAACAACCUGAACACAGAAAAAGACCAGGUACAGACCAGUUACAACAACCUGACUAAAGAGAGAGACCAGUUACAGACCAGUUACAACAACCUGACUACACAGAGAGACCAGUUACAGCCCAGUUACAGCAACGUGACUAUAGAGAGAGACCAGUUAAAAUUAGAGAGAGACCAGUUACAAACUAGUUACAACAACCUGACUAAAGAGAGAGACCAGUUAAAAUUAGAGAGAGACCAAUUACAGACCAGUUACAACAACCUGACUAUAGAGAGAGACCAGUUACAGACCAGAUACAACAACCUGACUAUAGAGAGAGACCAGUUACAGACCAGUUACAACAACCUGACUAUAGAGAGAGACCAGUUAAAAUUAGAGAAAGACCAGUUACAGACCAGUUACAACAACCUGACUAAAGAGAGAGACCAGUUACAGACCAGUUACAACAACCUGACUAAAGAGAGAGACCAGUUACAGACCAGUUACAAGAACCUGACUAUAGACAGAGACCAGUUAAAAUUAGAGAGAGACCAGCUACAGACCAGUUACAGCAACCUGACUAUAGAGAGAGACCAGUUACAGUCCACUAAUUAUGACCUGAAUAGGGAGAAGGAUCAACAAGAAGCCAAACUGAAGGAACUGACAAAUAAAACGAUCAUUUUACAAGCCAGUUACAAUGACACGAAAGACAAGAGUGAGAAGUUACAGAAGGAAAAAGAUGCCCUUGAGAAGAACCUAACUGCUAUAGAUUCACAAAGCAAAGUGGGAUGGAGAUAUUUGGGCUCCAGGUUUUACUACAUCUCUACUGAGCAGAAACCCUGGAGUGAGAGCAGACAAGACUGUAGAAGUAGAGGAGGAGACCUGGUGAUCAUAAACAGCAGAGAGGAACAGGAGCUCAUUAUUAAACUGCUGGGCAUCAGUCAAGCUUGGAUUGGUCUGAGUGACAGAGACACAGAGGGGGUGUGGAAAUGGGUGGAUGGUACACGACUUACCACUGCGUACUGGCGUGAUGGAGAACCAAAUAAUGCAGGUGAUGAGGACUGUGCUGAGAUGUUGAAUUCUCACGUUAGUAAGAGCUGGAACGACAGGUUAUGUUCGACUCAGCUAUCAUGGAUCUGUGAGAAAAGUGCUUUUCAGUGAUUAGAGAAAUGUACUGUAAAAUGAUCAAAUAUUCCCAAUUCAAACUGCAUGUAUUGAGCAGUUGUAACUGUAUUAGUCACUGUUCUUGUAUUCUCAAGUCCUAUCAUGUAAAACUAUCUAGUGUUCAGAUCUGUGGAAAGGGAAAUCCAUUUCUACUUUCAAAUGUCUCUUUUCAGUGUGUGAUCAGUGGCUGGCCUGAACCUCAGAAGUCUUGUACAGCAUUUUUAAUCAUUUUUAAGGAAAUCAUGUUUUAAUUAUUUUUAAGGAAAUGCUUCGUUAAAAAUUAAAUUUUCACCUUUUCCCGCUUGGCCCAAAUGUGACCGAGGAUCCAAAGAAUGAUGAUAGAUGAUAUAACAGGUUAAACUGAACCCUGUCACUGAUUAUUUUUGCUAUAGCAGCACACCCCCAAGUGUUUUAUUCCUACUUAAUUCACCAUCUAUAAUGAUUUUUAUUGAAUAUAUUUCAGUGUGAUUGCUGUUUAAAGCAUUUUUUUCUCUAUUGAACUUAUUAUGUUUUAAUUUUUUUUUAAAUAUGUACUGUUUGUGUGUUGGACUUUGAUUAGAUUACAUGUAUUAGUUUACAUUUAUUAACACAUUUCCAAAGCUUCAGCCUGAAAGCCUUGUGGCCUAAAGGGUAAGGCAUCUAACUUUGGCUCAGAAGAUUGCAGGUUCGAGUCCUGCUGGGAUCGUGACUUUAGGAGCCACAAAUCAUCAGGUCUGAAAUGACAUGCUUCUCAAAGCAGUCACGUGUUUCAAUCUCUGCCUGAACUGAUAGAGUGUUUACAAUAUACCAUGAUUCUUGAUGUGAUAAAUCUGCUGUUUGGGGAUGUGAAAUAAUGUUUUUGGUUCUAAAAUGAAGCGAUAAAGUUAUUUACUGCUUGAAGAACGUUUGAGUGGCUCACUAAUUAGGACAGCUGUAUAAUCACUGUGUACGUAAUAUUUAACCUGCAGCAGUAAUAGACUCUGAUCAUACUUUUAUAACUUAGAAAAAAAAUUCUCUAAUGAUUUCACAUGAGCAAAAUAUACAAUAUUUCAGUCUUUACCCUUUUUCUCGGGACAGAAGAUCAUAUGGUUGAAACCACUAAGCACACUUUAAUUAAAUCACAGCAAUUAAAAUUUUAAAUGCUUCAUUUUAAGACUCAACAACAAUAUUUUUGUGUCAACCACUGCAGUUGUUUUAUUUACCAAACACGUAAAAAUACAUCAUAGUUAAUUUUCGCU